AUGCCUUCGUACAGAUUGCUGCUGGAACCGGGCGCGAUCGUUAUGCUUCUGCAAAACAUUGAUAUUAUCGCAAGGCUUUGCAAUGUACACAAUGCCCCUGGACUCUGCGGACGAGCACAUGGUGUAGCAUUUUGCAGAUUCCCAUUUCCAGUGAAGCUUUCAUAUUGCAUAACUAUCAGCAAAAGUCAAGGUCAAACCUUUGAGAAAGUAGGAAUUAUCAUGCGUACUCCAUCUUUCGCUCUUGGCAGUACAUAUGUGGCUUUGUCCAGAACUCGAUCGAAGGAGCAAGUGAAAGUAGUUGUAAAUUCACGGCGAUCGAUACAGCAGGCAUUGCAUGUCAGAAACUGUAUCGAGAAAUGA